AUGGUUUCUGCUGCACCACCCCGCAGGGGAGAAAGGAACGACCGCACUGGCGGUGGAGAUCGCCGUGCCGGUGGACGCGGAGGUCGCGGUCGCGACCACGACAGCGGCGGUUUUAGUGAACGCGUAGUCCACACCCGCCGAAUCUCUAAAGUAGUCAAAGGUGGACGCCGUCUCCGUUUCAACGCCCUCGUAGUGGUCGGCGACGGACAGGGACACGUGGGCGUCGGCAUGGGCAAAGCCCUGGCAAUUCCUGACGCAGUGCGUAAAGGAACCGCCGUGGCCCGUCGCAGCACUAUCACCAUACCUAUCAAGGGAAGCACGAUUCCACACGAAAUUUCAGUUCGCAAAGGGGCAUCGAUCGUCAUCAUCAAGCCCGCUCCUUUGGGAACCGGUGUCAUUGCCGCCGGUGCAAUGCGGGCCAUGCUCGAGUUGGGCGGCGUGCAGGAUGUUGUUGGCAAGUCUUUGGGUUCACGCAAUCCCAUCAACAUCGUCCACGCUACGAUGGAAGCCCUGAGCCUCCUGCGUGAUCCAGUAGCAACGCGGGCAGCCCGCCUGGCACUGGUUGCUCCGACUACCAACGGUUCGACGGAAUCCGUAGCGGUGGAAGCUACUCCGGAGUUGUCCGAUGCCCCGGGUCCGGUUCCAACGCCGACUCCGGCGCCGGUCGAGGUUACCGCAACCACUGCCCCGGUUGACGCCACCGCCGCGGAACCAACCGCCCCGGAUACGGUGGCCACCGAGAACGUUUCAACGGAUUCUGGCGAUGCCGAUGAACCAGUCGGCUAA